UGUAAGACAAUACGGUCUUGAUUUUGCAUUACUGUUAUAGGAAUCCAAAGAAUUCAUUAAAAUAUGCAUGUUAUGCAAAUGUUUUUUUUAAAAUGUGUUAUUAUUUUAAUAACUUCCUCUCGUAAAUUGAAUAGUAAUAUCGAUGAAGAGCGCUGCACCUUUGCCUCCAAGUUCUCUUAAAAAUGAUUUGAAUGAAAAUAUUUCAAGUUUAAUAAACAACCAAAAUAUAGUUUUUUCAAGCGAUGCCCUUGUUUAUGUUUUAAAAGAAAAGACUUGGUCUCCAGUUGCUGAGAGUUUUUCAAAAAUAUGUCUGUUGCAGACAGAGCCUAGUACGUUUAAGGUGGUGGUCCUGGAUGUGCAGCAUAUGGUACUACAAUCUGUUGUGGAUGCUUUUGUAAAUGUCAAAAUUAAGGAUACAUUUGUUAAAUGGAAAAGUGAAAAAACAACAAUUGGUGUUCGCUUUACUAAUAAAAGUUCUGCAUGUUCUUUUUAUCAGCACAUUGAAAAUAUUGUUGGUAUCAUAAAUGAAAAGAAAAGUUUUUACUUGAAUGUUACACUACCAUCAGGAAAAGUUCAACAAGUCAAAGUUUUUUUAGGCAUGAAACUCAGUUCAAUACUUAAAAAUAUAUGUUUAUCUGCCGACCUUGAUCCUGAUAAAUAUAGGCUAGUUGAUUCAAAAGGAGCAAUGAUUGCAAAGUUAGGUUGUAUAACUGAAGAGUUCUCUAAUAAAAGUUUUAAAAUUGUGAAUGUGAAAGAUUCAUUAAAAAAGCAAAACAGUAUUGGAUCACAAAAUAGCAGCAGUAGUGUAUCUGAUGAUUACCCAGGGGAGUUUUAUAUUAAUUUGGAAGAUUCUAAUUGGAUUGGUUUUUUUAACGUCGCUAAUAUUCUAAAAAGUGAAUUACAAAACUCUUCUAUUCAAAACCUUAUUUUAUCAUUUGUGAAAGAGAGAGGGGGGUAUUCUUACUUAAGAAAGGUAAAUGAUCACAAAAUGUCUCAUGAUAUCAUAGAUGAUCUAAAUGAUCUUGCUGGACAAGUGCAUGCAAUCAAUGACAGAUCAGAAUUAUACCGCUUUGUCCCAAACACUGUAGGUUCUUCAUCUAUAGAUGAUGGAAAGAAGACUAGUAAAAGACCAGCACCUCCACCACCGGAGUCAAAAGAUCUAGUAAAAUCUGAAAAGAUUUCUGAAUCCAAUUUUUCUAAUAAGACAAUAGACACAGCUUCUCAAAAUAGUUCAAGUCCAAAGUUGCUUAAUAAAUCUAAACGUCAUGCACCAUCUGUUCCAUCUAGCCCUGUUGUUUCUGUUCAAUCUAUAUGCUCAAAUAAAAUUGUUGAACCUGCAAAAAGUAGUGAAAAUUUUGUAAAGUCUAUUUCAUCAAGCCCAGUUCCACCAAUUCGUACAAUAAAUUCUAAUAAAAACAUGGAGCCUGCAAAAAUUAAUGAAGCAGUUGUUAAAUCCAUUUUGCCAAGCCCUGUUCCUGCAACUCGGUUUAUCAACUCUAAAAAAAGUUUAGAAUCAACAAAAGACACUGUUGUGAAAGACACUGUUGAGAAUGACACUGUUGUGAAAGACACUGUUGUGAAAGACACUGUUGUGAAAGAUACUGUUGUGAAAGACACUGUUGUGAAAUCAUUAAGCCCUGUUGCACCUAUUCGUUCUAUUAACUUUGAUAAAAAUAUUCAACUUCAAAAAAUACCAGAAACUCUUGUAAAAUCUCCUAUAACCACUCAAUCCCAAAGGUUUGUGAAAAAAUCAUCAGAAGGAGAUAAACCUCCCCCUUUAUUUGUUCCUCCACCACCACCUCAAGAGCCACCGCCAGAUGAUUAUUCUUCUCCAGAAGAUGAAACUCCUCUAUUGAACAGCAGCACCUUAAAUCAAGUAGAAACAUGUAAUGCUUGUAUUGGUUCUAAUGAUGAUCAUAAUGUUGAAUGUAUUUUAAAUUCUGAUGCAAAUGACACUGAAAAAGAUGUUUCUGCGAUUUCAGACGAAAUAUAUGAUUUGAUUCCAGCACAAAGUAACACACAAAAUAACCCAGAUAUCAGUUUUGAAUCAGAAAUUCUUUCUGAAAUUGCUGAAGUCUCUGAACAAAGUGAUGGUGAUGAUGACAUUACAUGUGAUAGAACUGUUGACCAUAUUUGCUGUGAAUCUAAAUCUGAUUUCAAAUUAGUUUCGUCUUUAUCUAAUACACAUCAACAAAAUGUUGAGAGCCAAGAUUUAUUUGUUAUUUCAAAAAGAGAAAAAGAAUACAGAAAGGAUGAUUCUUCUGGAAGUGUAUUGGAAAAUUCUGGUUCCAACAGAAAGGAAGAUUCUUCUGAAAAUGUAUUAAAGAAUCCAGGUAAAAACACAGAAAAUGUUAUGUGCGCCAUAGAGUUUCCGAAAAGCAUUGAAAAAAUUAAAAAUAGUUCCUCAAAAAUACCACCCAGUGGUUUGUAUUCCAUGUUGAAAAGAAAAUCAGUUGGAAUUUCCGAUGUAAACCAGAGUAUAUCUUUAGACAAUGUUGAUGAUGAUAUUGACAAAUUGUCUACUUUAAAUGGUAAAGCCGACUCAUCUUCUGAAUGCGAUUUAGAAAGAAUGAAAUUUUUAGAUUCUGUUAGAUUAAAUGAUAAACAAGCAAGUCAUAUUAACAAUCAAGUAAGUCGAAUUAAUGAUCAUGUAAAACCAAUUGAUUUAAAUAAUGUUGAAUUUAAUGAAGAAUGCAUCAAACCAACAGAGAUAUUGGAGCUUAAAAAAAAUAAUAUUGAAAAACUUGAUUGGGAAGACAAAAAUAAAAUAAUACCACAAUAUACAAAUCAUCAUGAUUCCAGCCAUCAUAAUUCUAUUAAUUGUACAAUUGAUUGUGAGAAAAAUCUGCAUGAAAAUCUUUCACAAUGCUCUAAUAUUAUGUCACGCAAUCCUUUAUCUCCUGAUCUUGGCGAAAGCACUGUUUUUUUGGAGACUACCAAUCAGACACCUAUGAAUUUAAAUACAGAUGAUAAAGUAUCUGACUUAGCACCUGGUAGUGUAUUUCAAAUUGAAUCUGAAAUUAGUGAAAAGUUAGAAUCUUUAGUAUAUGACCAUAAUAAUAUGGAAUCAGGUAAAGUAAUAAAUCAUCUAGAAAAUAAGAUUCACUUUUUAAAUCCAGAUUUGUAUUCGGAGGUUGAUGCAUCGUCCUCAACUCAAAACUAUAAUUUAGAGUCUUGCAAUAAGUCAGAAAACUUAAUAAUCGAUAAUAAAAUUCAAUCUAAAAUAUGUAAUAAGUUACAGCAUAACAAUCAUGUUCAACCAUUGCAAGAAAUCCAUAAAGAGCAGAAAAGUAAAGUUAAUAGUUUAUACAAUCCAGAUAGUUUAGUAAUUUUUCCUGAUGAACAAAAUGAAAAAAAAAUUAACUUAAAUACCGAAAAAAAUUAUUUUGACCCAGAUAGAGUUAUCAUUUUUCCAGACCAAAUCCCAAAGGAUUCAGAAAUCUCAAAGGAUUCAGAACCUCCAAAUGGUGCUAAUCCUUGGCGUAUUCAUGCAUUGUCACAUAAAAGUGCAUUCUCAAAAAUAUCACCUUUAUCAAGAGAUAGUUCUAUUAGUAAAAGUAGUGAGGUUAUUAACACAGAUGCUCUGAGACUAGUAGGUGCAGAUGUUAUGGCUCUUGAUGAAGGAGAAAGUGUUUUGGAUAAAGGUAAUGACUUAAAAAAGAGUAUACACUUUGAAAAAGAAUUAACCUCUGAAACAAAGUCAAAAUCUACUGACAAUUUCUUGAGUAAUCAAAAAAGUAGUUUUUUUUAUAAUAAAAGUCUUUCUCAGGAUGGAGACUCUUUGCUUAGUGCGUUGCCUAAGUUCGAAGAAAAUACCUCGAGUUUUCUAUCUUAUACAAAUAAUCAACAACUUUUAAAUGACUUUCCUUCAAAAAAACGUCAAACAGAGCCUUUAAAAAAUCAAGUUUCAUUAACAAAAGAUUAUAAGCUAUCGAUAAAAAAUCAGACAUUUGAUUUAAGAUCAAAAGAUCAAGAAGUAGUUCAAAAAAAAGUGCCGCCUAAAACCCUUCCGAAACGAAAAAUAUCGAACGAUAAACCUUUAGAAUUACGGCAAACGUCGAAUGAUAUUAAUGUUAGACCUUCGGAAUUUGUUCAGAUAUCAAAUGAAAGUAAUGUAAGACCUUCAGAAUUAGCAAGAAUUUCACAGCUACUGUCGUCAAAAAAUUGAGCUAUUUAUUUUUGGAGUGUCUGUAUUUAUUGUUUUAUAAUGUAAAUUAUUUAGUAUAUUAUUAUCUAUAUAUUAAGUCAAAUAUUGAAAUAACUGAAAUAUUAUAAUCUGCCAAAGCAUAAUAUAUAAUAUAUUA